GGCGGCGGAAGGGGGGGUGCCGUUCCGUGCCGUGCCGCUGCCGGCGCGGGGGCGGCGGCGGGGCGCGCCGGACCCGCGGCGGCGGCGGCGGCGGCGGCCAGUGGGAUGCAAGUAUGGACAUAAUAGCCUAUGAUGAUUACUCCACUCCACCGCUUCAGAGAUAUUGAAAGGAUACCAGAAUACCUCCAGCCGGAAAAGUGUGUUCCACCUCCUAGCCGCGCUUCCCUGGGAACAAUGUGGUUUAUUCGAGAUGGCUGUGGUAUUGCAUGUGCUGUCGUUACCUGGAUGCUGGUGUUCUAUGCCGACUUUGUAGUCCUUCUUGUCAUGCUAGUUCCAUCGAGAGAUUAUGUUUAUAGUGUCAUCAAUGGCACACUGUUCAACACCUUGGCUUUCCUCGCUUUGGCUUCACAUUUUCGUGCUAUGCUGACAGAUCCAGGUGCUGUACCCAAAGGUAAUGCCACAAAAGAGUUCAUUGAGAGUUUGCAGCUAAAGCCAGGCCAGGUGGUUUACAAGUGCCCAAAGUGUUGUAGCAUCAAACCUGACAGAGCACAUCACUGCAGCGUUUGCAAGAGGUGUAUUCGGAAAAUGGACCAUCACUGCCCAUGGGUCAAUAACUGUGUAGGAGAGAAUAACCAGAAGUACUUUGUACUGUUUACAAUGUAUAUAGCACUGAUUUCCCUGCAUGCUUUAAUCAUGGUGGGAUUUCACUUCUUGUAUUGCUUUGAAGAAGACUGGACAAAAUGCAGUUCCUUCUCUCCACCGACUACAGUGAUUCUUCUCAUCCUCUUGUGUUUCGAAGCUCUCCUGUUUCUCAUCUUCACCUCAGUUAUGUUUGGGACCCAAGUACACUCCAUCUGCACUGAUGAAACGGGUAUUGAGCGACUUAAGAAUCAGAAGCCAACCUGGGAGAAGAUCAGUGGCUGGGAAGGAAUGAAGCUGGCAUUCGGCGGUGCCUUCUCUUUGGGUUGGUUCAACCCUUUUUCAAACCUGAACUGCGAGAGGCCAGCGCCGGCUGAAGCGGCGGCAGCAGCUCCUGCGUCUGAAAUACUGACCCAAGAAGAAAUCGAGCAGUUUCUCGCUCGAGACGUUGCCAUCCAGAUACAUGAAUAAGCAAAGCAUCCUCCGCAAUACCGGAAGAAGCUUUCAGGUGUUUUCUUCUUAGUAACUUCUCGUGCUGGAGAUUUAAAGGCGUUGUUUUUUAACAUACUUUUGGUGCAUUAAAAAAAUUCAGGACUAUUUGUCUGGAAGCUGGGCACAGCGCUAGCAGAAGCAAUGCAAAUCUCCAGAGAGAGCUUUAUGAGUGAGGGGAUUCAUAAGCUCCUUUUCAGACCCGUUCCAGCUGCUUUAUUGGGCUUUUCUUACACGGCCUAUAAGGACAGUUUAUAAUUGUCAGAUAGAUUGGUUCCAGUUCCCAGAAAAUGUGGAAGUCUGGUUAACUAGGGUGUCUGGUUAACCUUUUGUUCUUACAGCCUUUUGGAGGACUAAAUGUGUGAUGGCAAGAUCGGCCCAGCUCUGUAAGUUUUUGUGAAAAACGCAUCCUCUUUAGCCCAUCUCAUCGUAUGGAUGCUGCAUACGGGUUAUGGAAGUUGCUGGUGUGCAGGUCUUAGCAGAGGUGGGAUACAGGGCUAUGGAUGCAGCAGAUGGAUGAGCUCUCCCUGGGUGUAAUUCCUUUGGGCUCUGAAAUAUCUCCCUCCGGGGGUAAAUUGUGCUUGUGGGACUGCCCAAGACUGGUGGUGCCUGUCAGAGCUGGUGGGCUUGUGGUGGUGCCAGGCUGGCAGGACCAUUCACCUGUGGUGAGUGCAGCCAAGAACAGGCAAAUGUUGCCCCAGCCAUUGAACUUCUGCCCCGGUUUGUUUGCACAUAAGAUGUGUGGAGCAGGAGCUGCCUGGCCAACCCCUGCAGCCCAGAAAGCAGGCAAAUUGUCUAGGCCGGUACCAGGGCUAUUUCUGCAGUUAGAGAGAGAGAGAGAGAGAGAGAGGAACACCCUGCUGAUGGAGGUACUGCCCUCUCUCCAUUUGACUUGUCUAAUUUAGAUGUCUGGGUUUUUUCUUUUCUUGAUAGCUAGAGUUAGUUGAGAAUGAAUAGUGCCUCUUAAUCUUACUGGGGUUUAACGUUGUCCUAACAGUACGUGCCAUUGCACAGGGUUUCCUUUCUCUAAUUUUGCAGCCAGCUCCUGGUGAAUGUUGCAGAAGGAACAUGCAUCUCUCAAAGAAGGCAUCACUGCAGGUGGCAGUAGCUGCAGCAAAGUCAUGCAGAGGUGUUGCUAGGCCCUGCAUUCAGAUGCACUACAAACACUUGGCAUCCUCCAGAUGUCGGGGUAGUUUUAAUUUAGACUGUUUUUCACGUGUUUGGGGGUUUUUCCCCCUCUCUCAUAUGCCUUAGCUUAAAUGUCACUAGGGACAUGUUCCUGGCUUCCCCACCACAGAAUAUGCUUGAUUUUAUCUCCUCCUCCCCUGUAACAUGGACCAAAGAUAAUUGCUUCCUUUCAAAAGUAAGAGAAAGGAGGUUUUGGGAUGAAAGCAUGGUAUUGUGAAAGACCUGUAUGAAAUUUUAUUAUUUAUAGGAGUGAUACCAAAUGGAAUUUAUGCAGGAUUUUUUAAAAAUUUUUU